CACACCAGCGAAAUAGUGGAAUGCUGUCAGCGCUGUGCCAAGCAAGUUGGCUGCAAGUACUGGCAUCUGCAACCGCCAGCAAACGGCCAGCUUGGCAAAUGCAAGUUGAUGGGCUCGUUGGCUGGUCUCACCGUGAGGAACUGGGAUAAAGAAUGGCCAAUUACGUUCCUGGGAGGCCAAUGCAACCCCGAUGCCAACACGGAUGACGACCCGCAUUUCCGGGGCGCAGACGGCACGAGCUUUGACUUCAACGGCCUUCUUGACCGCUCCUUUUGCUUGGUUUCCGACCGUCGGAUCCACAUCAACAUGGGAAUCAAGGGUUACCAGCCCAUCGCGAAUCUUCCCGGCACGACGACAUCGUUGGAUGAAGAGUCUCUCGCUGCAGCGCUGGAGGCGGCGUCCAAAGAGAAGAAGCCACGUCAUGUCCGGCACCUGGAGCAGGAGAGGCUGAGCGUGGAGGAACUGAGCGAGCUGGAGAGGAUGCGGGCCAAUGGGAGCCUGCCGUUGACUGCUGAGGUGGCGGCAGCGCUUGAGCGGGAAGCUGGUGGUCGCAGCGGCGGAGAAAGCGGUGGGAGUGGAGGGGAAGAGGAGCAGCACUCCAUUCAGUAUGCGAAGCAUGAGCUGAAGGCGAGGCUUCUAAAAGGAAAGCCGAUUCGCAGCUGGAUCAGGGAGCUCCAAGUAAUGUGGCGCGAUGCGACAGGCACACAGCAUUCGGUGUUCUUUAAGGCACGCGACGGCAAGGAGCAAGGGAGGGGCAGCAGCGGGUUCAUCGACCGAAUGGAGCUCGACGGCUCGCCGGUGGCCCCGCCUCUGUCCGAAGGCUCUUCCAUCGUUGGCAGCGGCGGGUUCAAGCUGCUGCUGGCGGAGACACGGAGCUGCAAGGGGAAGGACGAGGACGAUUUUCAUCUCACGAUCGACGGACUGGUGGACAUGGGCAUCACGGCACGUUUGGCGCAUCCGCUCAUGCAGACGGCUACGGAGGCCCAGGCUCAUUUCAAUGUGCACAUCGAACAGCUCAAUCACACGAGUGGCAUUCACGGCGUGCUGGGUCAGACGUUCCGAGCCGAGGAAUCCCGCAAGGUGCGCUCGCUGCGGUACCGCCUGCUGACCCGCCUGCUGCGCGAGCCGGUGGAGGUGGAGAGCGAGAGUGGCAGGGGAUUCCUGGAUGGGCGCACGGAGGACUACAUCACCUCGGAUAUUCACUCCGCGGAUUGCAUGUACGCUGCUGCUUGGCGGAGGGGUGAACACGAGAGCAGCGAUGGAAGCGAUUUCAUGUGA